AUGCCGCCUUCGCAAUUGAAGCAGCUGAAGGCUUCGCUUCGGGAUAGCGGUGUGAUCCGUCCCCAGCAGUCUAAGAAGCAAAAGCGCGAAAAUGCGAAGACCGGUGCCUCGGCGCAAAAUCGGAACCAGCGCAAUGCCGCUCUGCAAGCAAUUCGAGAUCGAUUCAACCCUUUCGAGAUCAAGGCUCCUACUAACAGAAGCAAAUUUGAAGCGACAACUCGCGAUGGACCCUCAACAGCCGCGAAGGGGUAUCGUCCAGGUGUCACCAAGUCCUUGGGCGAGGAAAGGCGCCGUGCCACCCUACUGCAGGAAAUGAAGGAUCGCCACAAAACUGGUGGAUUAGUCGAUCGCCGUUUUGGUGAAAAUGAUCCCACCAUGACCCCCGAAGAACGAGCCGCCGAACGAUUCGCCAGAGAAAGCCAGAAGAAAAUGCGCAAGGAAUCGAUGUUCAACCUUGAAGAUGAAGAGGAGGAUUUCCAACUCACCCACAUGGGUCAGUCAUUGACCCUCGACGGGAAGACCCUCGACGAUUUCGAUGCCGAUGGCCUGGACGGUGGAGAAUCUGACGACGAAAAAUCGCGAAAACGGAAACGAGUCCUCCCUGAAGAUGGGGAAGAUGAGGAAGAAGAGGAAGACCAGGACUUCAUUGAUUUUGGAGCUGAGGGUGAUCACCCCGAACGCAAGAAGUCUAAGGCCGAGGUGAUGAAGGAGGUUAUUGCCAAAUCCAAGUUCCACAAGCAUGAGCGGCAACAAGCCAAGGAAGAUGACGAUGAUCUACGAGAUGAGCUGGACAAGGAACUUCCUGAUCUCUUCGAGGCUCUCCGCGGUAUGAAGGCCCCGGCCAAGCAAGAUGAGCCUGCCAAGCAGGAUCUGGCGGCUAUGAACCCAGAGCGCGCGGCUAUGAUGCAAGUACCGGAGCAGCAAGACACAGAAAAGCAAUACGAUCAACGACUCAAGCAAUUCACUUUUGACAAGCGGUCCGCACCUACGGAUCGUACGAAGACGGUCGAAGAAAAGGCCGAGGAGGAAGCCGAACGACUCAAGAAAUUGGAGGAUGAUCGACUCAAGCGAAUGCGUGGAGAGAACGUCAGUGAUGAUGAAGACAUGGCAGACGACGAUAAAGAUUCUUUCUUCGCAGGAGAUGAGUCGGAGGAGGAAGAGGAUGAUGCGAUGGCUUUUGGUCUUCCAACCUCUUCGACUGUGCCACGUGCCCCCGAUAUGGGCGUCGAGGAUGAGGAUGAUUUCGUUAUCGACGACGACCUUGUUGAGACCAGGUCAAAUGUCAGUCUAUCUUUGGAUGGCAGCGAUAUGGAGGAAGAGGAGCUUUCAGAUGAUGACGAGCCCGAUGUGGCCGAGCAGGAGGAUGAGCUCAUCAAUGGAAUGACUCUCCCAACAUCAACAACCGGGACAGCUGUGGGGAUCACUCAAUCUGCCACCGGUAAAUUGGCUUUCACAUACCCUUGCCCGGCCGAUCACGAUAGUUUCCUUGAAAUUAUCAAGAAUGUGCCGGCUCAGGAUGUUCCGACAAUCGUUCAGCGCAUUCGUGCUCUGCAUCACCCGCGUCUCAAGCCCGGCAACAAGGAUAAGCUCGGCAAGUUUGCUGAGAUCCUCGUGGAGCAUAUCGCUUAUAUGGCCGAUGAGACUGAGGAGCCCUCCUUCGCUGUCAUCGAGAACAUUCUGCGUCACAUCCAUUCAUUAGCCAAGACACACGCCAUUAAUGUGGCAACAGCCUUCCGUGCGCGCCUUCGUGAGAUAUCGAAGGUCCGCCCCCUAAACCUCAUCCCCGGUGACCUCGUCGUUCUGUCCGGCAUCUCGACAAUCUUCCCUACCUCAGACCACUUCCACGCCGUCUCCACCCCUGCUCAUCUGUGUAUUGCGCGAUACCUGGGACAGUGCAACGUCGAAGACUUGACUGACCUGGCAAGUGGUGCCUUCGCUGCAACCCUGAUUGUUCAGUACCAGGCCAAUUGGCCGCCGAGCUUAGAGCUUUCCCCCCCUCGCAAGAUUGCAGAGACUCUCCGCCUGGAAUCAUCCAAAAAGGUCUCCUCGCGGAAGCUGCAAUUCGACGAUGUCAUCAACUCUCCUAACGACCCCAAGGGCGAGGAAGAACUCAAGCUGUCCCUUAUUACUACAUUCGCCGCUCUCCUCGGCUCCUCUUCGGACAUCUGGUGCGAAAAAUCUUCAGCACCGGCCCAAGUCGUCCUCCAGCAUAUCUCCAAAUCUUUCAAGAACAAGGUUUUGCCCGUCAAAUCUGCUCUGGACAAGAUUAACGCACACCUGACCCAAGCCCAUCUCACCCGCCGCCCACUCUUCCUCCACGACCACAAGCCGCUAGCUAUCAAAUCUGCCAUCCCCAAGUUCGAGGAAAACUUCAACCCGGACAAGCACUACGACCCAGACCGCGAGCGUGCCGAGACCAACCGCCUCAAGAAGGAGUACAAGCGCGAGAAGAAGGGUGCCAUGCGCGAGCUGCGCAAGGAUGCCAGCUUCGUUGCACGCGAGAAGUUGCGCGAGAAGAAGGAGCGCGAUUCCGAGUACGAGAAGAAGUACAGGAAGCUUAUUGCCGAGAUCCAGAGCGAGGAGGGUCGUGCGGCGAACGAUUACGAGAAGGAGAAGAGACUGCGUCAGGGCAAGCGCUAA